AACACCAGCAACUACCUUGUAUUGUUCACUCUCCCCUUUUCUUCUCGGUAAUGGAGUCACCAAACCCCAAUCCCUUCACCUUCUUCCACCACCACCUCCUCCGCCUGACCUCCGGCAUCACCACCCGCAUCGACCAAACCCGCCGUGAACUGGCCAGAAACCUCUUCCAAUUCCACUCACGCAACAAUUUACCUUCAUCAAUACCAUUUGCUUCACUCUCUAAUCACCAGCAAGACAACAACAACAACAACAGUCUUCGCGGCGGUAAACACGCGUUUGACGUGGCGUUAAGCACCGCCAACGUGUCGAAAACGCUCUCCGGAACGGAGCUGUAUACUGUUAGCAAUUCUGAUAACGAGUUUGUGCUGAUUUCGGAUCCUAACGGACUUAAGUCGAUUGGAUUGCUAUGUUUUCGGCAAGAGGAUGCUGAGGCGUUUCUAGCGCAGGUUAGGUCGAGGAAAGGGGAGUUGAGAGGGCGAGCUAAGGUUGUACCAAUUGCGCUUGAUCAGGUUUAUAUGUUGAAGGUUGAAGGAAUUGCAUUUCGGUUUUUGCCUGAUCCUGUACAACUGAAGAAUGCAAUGGAGCUGAGAGCUUCGGCUACCAAGAUUGGGUUCGAUGGAGUCCCGGUUUUUCAGUCGGACCUCUUGGUUAUAAAGAAGAAAAACAAACGUUAUUGCCCUAUAUAUUUUCGAAAGGAGGAUAUCGAGAAAGAAUUGUUAAGGGUUCCACGAGGACCUAGAGGACCCGCAAUUUCUCAACAUAUUAUGGUCGGAAGUCUGGAAGAUGUGCUGAAAAAAAUGGAGAUGAGUGAAAAAAAUUCAGGUUGGGAAGAUUUGAUUUUCAUCCCGCCCGGUAAAAGUCACUCGCAACACUUGCAGGAAGUUGUUAGCGCGUAAAACGUUAUAACUGCAUAACCAUAAACAGGUCCAAUGUAGCUUUUGUCGGUCGUCUUGCAAAACAACAGGAUUUUGUUACUGGUGACGAAUUACCAUCUAGAGGAUAAUGAGAAUACCGGGAAAAAGUUCUUAUUUUUGCGUAUUGGAUUGUUGAUUAUCGAACAUGAAAUAUAGCCGUUGAGUUGAGAUUGUAGACAUCAAAACCAAACUGGUCUGUACAAUGUAGUUUGUUUCUGUUUUUAAUUUAGCUUCUGAUGAUUCUGUUGUA